CCUCUUCACUCCAAAGAUCUCGCAUACUUCCUUCGCGAUCACACCACUUGUUUUAUCGUUGGGCCCGCGAUUUCGGAGUCGCUGAGAUUCGGAAUUGCCAUCAGACCCUGGACCGUCAAUUUCUUGGCGUUUGCCGUUGGGGGGGUUAGGGCCUGCUGAUGAGUGGAAGGCUGCAACGGUCAGCAGCCCUACAGCAUCAAAGCUUCGCGAACACUUCUCGGGAGGGAAGACGGGAAAUGCGCGGUGGUAGCAUAGGAUGUGCAACGACUUGGGCUAGACACUAGGCUGACAGCGCACCUCUACCGGUCAAAAACAGGAACCCCCUUGGCUUCUUUCAACUUCGCACAUGUCGACCCCUCGCACUCAGCGCGGUGACCCGCUCAACAGCUCGUCCUCCACCCUUGCCCGGCCGGCCACUCCCUCGCGCAACAGCUCCAAUGACGCCGCCAGCGCCUCGAUCCUCCCGGGCGCCCCGAACCCAACCUAUGCCUCAUUCUCCCCCGCGACGCUGAGCUCGACCGCUCCCAGCUCCACCUCGGCUGCCAAGCGGAGGAGCACCAUCCUCGUACAUCAGAAAUCGCCUCUGCUGCUUUCAACGCCGCCACAAAUCACACGUGCGCUGGCUUACAGCCAUCCGUUCUUGCUGCCGCUGAACAAACUUGUCGGGCUCCUGACGUGGACGACGGGCGAUCAGUGGGAGAGCUUCCUGCUGCUGGCCGCGUUUUGGGCCGUGGUGCUUUACGGGGACAUUGUGGUGCGCGUGGGAGGACCUGUGGCGCUGGUACUCCUCCUGAUCGUUGGCAUGUACGGCCGCCGCUUCAGCCCGCUGAGCAGCAGUGGAUGGAGCGAGCCAGGGCUUGGCGCCGGCGACGGGACAGCCGUCGUGAACGAGGUGAAGGGUGCCAAGGCCGGCCGGCGGGGAAAGAACUUGUCGGUUGACGGGACUUCAGACAAGAAUACCAAGGUGGGCAACGGCGGGUCGGGAACAGCGGCGCCUGGCGGCCACAUAAGGAACCAGGGAUCCAUAUCUGAGGUCACAAACACACGACAUCAAAAGACGCUUGACGAGAUUGUCGAGACGCUCAAGGAGUUCACGGCGAGGUGUAACAUACUGUUGGAGCCCUUGCUUGAACUGACUGACUUCCUCAGCACUCAACGCACCCCUACCUCAGCGACUACUCGCCCGGCACUCACCACGCUUUUCGUGCGGAUCCUCCUCUGCACCCCUUUCUGGUUCCUUCUUACACUUCCCCCUCUUCGUCUGAUCACCACACGCCGCGUCAUCCUCAUCUUCGGCACCAUCGUCUUGACAUGGCACUCCCGCGUUAUUCGGGUGACCCGCGCGAUCCUCUGGCGGAGCGCCACCAUCCGCCGGCUGCUUGCUCUUGUGACAGGGCUGCAAUUCGAGGGGCUCACGAAGCCCGCACAAGCUUCAUCUACUACAGCAACCGGAUCCGACGCCACGUCGAUCAAGUCCAAAAGCUCCUCAACUACUGUCAGGACCCCGCGCGAGUCCGAGCUCACCAAAGCACUCCACCGAGGCCGAGGUGGUCGCGGUACGGGGGUCCGUUUCACCUUCAUCAUUUACGAGAACCAGCGGCGGUGGGUGGGGCUGGGAUGGACGACCAGCCUGUUUGCCUACGAGCGGCCUGCUUGGACCGACGAACACAACAAUGCCGUGCCUCCGCGCGACGAGUUUGAGCUGCCCGAGGUUGAGAACGGGAGCAAUAUGCGGUGGCAGUGGGCCGAGGGAUCCAGGUGGCGGGUGGAUGGCGUGCCGGACGAGGCCGUUAUGACGGGCGAUGGGACUGGGGAGUGGGACUACGACGGGCCGGGGGGCAGGAUGGGGUGGGUCUACUACGACAAUAAGUGGCAAAACGGCCGCCGAGGCCAGGACGGCUGGGGCCGCUGGACGCGCAGGAGGAAAUGGUACCGCGAUGCUGAGCUGGUCGAAGCAGACGACGCCACCAUCUCGGAGGAGGAUCAAGAAACCGCAGCCGCCGCCCCCAACGGCUCAGCGAACCACGACGUCCUCGGCGACCAAACUAAAACCCCUACCGCUUCCCCCGCCCCGGACCGCCCACCGUCAGAUCAGACUUCCUCCUCCCUAUCGCCCUCCAUCCCUCGCUCACUCGACCACAGUUCCCCGGAGGUAUCCCUGACCCCGCCGACCCCGCGACAACCCCAACACCAACACGACGAACAACAACAACAGCAACACGACAAAGAAGCCAACAAGGACAAGGACAACGACUCAGCCAGCAUCCUGUCAACCUCGAGCAAAUCGAUGCGCUUCUUCAAGGGCGCGCCGGCGACCCUGAGGCGCCGCGCCACGGGCGAGUCGACCGUGUCCGCCGACACAACGUCGUCCUACUCGCAGCAGCAGCAGCGGGGGCCGCCAGGCAGCAACAACAACAGGAGUAGUAGGAGCAGGCGGACGUCGCGAGCCUCGGCCGCCUCGUCGAUGGGCAGCGCAGGCGAUGGCGAGGACGAUGACGCGGCUGUCCUAGACACCCAGGCCCGCAUGGUUGUGAUGCAGGAUACGGGGACCGAGGUGGGCAGUUGGGGGGUUGGGGAGGAUGUUAGGAUGGGGUUGGAAUAAUCCUUCUUCUCCAGUCUCUGGAGGUGUGAGGCAGGAGGUGGGGUUUGUGCUUUGUAUGGUUUUGUCUUCUGUUUUGCGGAUUCGGUAUGGGAUGGGCAUCGGAUUGGGUGGGUUGGUUGGUUGGUUUGUGCAAAGCAUUAGUUCAUGGCUGGGUGCCCGGGUAGGUGGGUAGGUAGGGGUGGCGUGGGUUGGCUUUUCGUUGGUCUUUGCCGGUUGCAUCACGAGGGAUUGUAUUCCAGGUGGCGCAAGGUCAUCAUGAUGGGGUUGGUUUGCCUCGAAAGGAAAUGGCAAUGGGCAAUACAACUGGCAAUACAAUGGGCAACAAGGAAGAGAAAUAGGGGGGUACUGAUAUACCACUCAGAUAAGAUGCG